CUUAUUAAAAAGACGUGGAAGUUCACAAGAUGAACAACGGUUUCUCUUCGUUUAUCUUGUGUCUUUUAUUUUGUUUGGCUGUGAUGUUUAUUUCUAAUAGCUGCUGUAUGGAUGACAAAUGCAGUUAUUCUCGGACUGUUCGAUGUGAUAUGCUAGCAAACUGCUCGGGAUUAAAACAAACAGUGAUUCCUUCAUUUAACGAAAGUGUUACCUGCGUUGAUUUAUCAGAAAAUCGGCUGCACUAUGUCAACAGGUCUUCAUUCUAUGGUCUGAAAAACUUGACAUUUAUCGACUUAUCUAGAAACGUGUUAAAAAAAAUUGAAGAAGGUACGUUUAGCAAUCUAGAAAACCUUAACUACUUAGAUAUUUCGUUUAACAUAAAUCUCGGAUUAGCUGUUCUUCCGAACGUGACAUUUGGAUUAAACCAGACGAAGAUCACGGUGUUUAAGUUUGAACAGAUCACCUGUCCAGGUGGCAGAAGUAAUAUUCUUCGUCGACAUCAUUUAAUUAAUUUGGAUAACACGUCAAUUACGGAAUUAAACAUUGCAAGUAACCGUAUUGAAAUGUUUGAAACAUGUGUCAUAUUCAAUUUACCAAAAACAAUUAAGAAACUUUCUGUUGCAGAAAAUCGAUUGAUAGUUGGUAAAUAUGUUUUUGAAUACUAUUUGCUCUCUGGAGUUGAAAUACUCAAUGCAAGUUUAAGGAACACACCAGCUCGUUUCAUAGAUUCGAUCACUAGAUGUAAAGACAAUGUUGAUCCAUUGAAGGACAAGACAUAUGACUACAGCUGUCACAAGAAUCUCUCAAUAUCCUCAAUAUAUGAUGAUCCUUUGAUUUCUGUAUCCCUUCCACCAAAUCUACAAAUUGUUUAUGCAAAUUCGAGCAAAUUAUACACUCGUGUGGCUAAAUUUGAACUCAAGAAAAACAAUCUAAGAGAAAUUUAUUUUCAAAACAAUGUUAUUCAUUCAUGGAUUGGACCAAUACAAGGCGUGGAGAAUAUAACUCUAUUAGAUAUGUCGAAAAACUUUUGUUCCCAACUCUCAGAUAACAUUGCUGAACAUCUUACUGGUUUACUGACACUCAAACUGGCUGAAAAUUCCUUAGGCCCAAUGUUUCAGUUCGAUAGGAAAGGUAAAAUACUUAGAAAUCUACGUCGGCUUCAACAUUUAGACAUUUCCUUCAACAGAAUACAAGCACUGCCGUUCUUGUUUAUGAGAAAUCUCAGUAGCCUUGUUUACUUAGAUAUUUCCCACAAUCUACUAUCCGACUGGAAUAUGAAAAUGGGACACAUGAAGAAAUUAUCAGUUCUUAACUUGUCGCAAAACAGAUUGGGGACAAUAUCAAAACAAGGCAUGGAAGAACUAAAUAAGGUAUUUGCUGUGGGCAACUUAUCUGUCGACUUGAAAGACAACAGACUGAUGUGUACAUGUGAUAAUCUGGACUUUCUGGAAUGGAUGUUGAAAUACAAAGAACAUUUUAAAAAUUACAAGACCUAUAAUUGUUCAAAGGCACGUCACAAUACUUUUCAAUUUCAUGACUUAUACGUGUCAGUAGAAAAACUGAAAAGGGAUUGCAAAUCUUACACCGCCUACUAUAUAUUAGUAUCUGUCACCCUUAGUUCACUGUUAAGUUUGGUUAUUUGUAUAGCUCUGUACAGAAAUAGAUGGAAAAUUCGAUACCUGAGGUAUACAUUGCUACAAAAUCGUAAUAGUGGAUAUCUUCGGCUCCAGACUUCCUCAGACACACGCUACCUCUACGAUGCUUUUGUUUCCUAUACUAGCAAAGACAGGGAAUUCGUGGUUAAACACAUGAUACAAAACUUGGAACAACUCAAUGGCUUUCAGCUUCUCAUCCGGGAUAGAUCAUUUAUACCAGGAGAAUCGAAAUCCCUUCAGAUAGUACGCUCGAUUCAAGAGAGUAGAAAGACUGUAUGCGUUGUCUCAAAAAGGUAUCUCAAGUCUGCGUGGAGAGACUAUGAACUUAACAUGGCUCGGGUGGAAGGCGUAGAGGCCAGAAAUACGUUGAGAUAUGUGAUUCUUAUCCUACUGCCAGAGGUGUACAACGGGGGAUAUCCCAAGAAGGUUUCAGAUUUCUUGAAGAAAAACUGUUUUAUAGAGUACCCGGAUGAUCCUGCUGGUUAUGAGGAAUUCUGGCAAAACAUGUCCGACAGGUUGAGAGAAUGUCUUCAGGAGUAAAUUAACAGUCAGACAUAAUAAAACGAAUUUAACUAACGUUCGGUCUUCAAACACUACACAGAUUUUAUGAACGAGGAUCUCCAGUAUUUUUAUAAUUUUAAUUUAGAAUUCUUGUGUAGGAAACAAAUAUUUUGAAACAAACCACUGUUUUAAAUGGACAUGACCGGUGAAAAUGUGAAAAUGUUCGAGUUUCAUUUAAAAAGGAGUUAACUUUGAAGUCAAAAACCUAUUUUUAAUUAUUUCAUCGGAUGGAAUGUUGAAGAGUCUUAUUUUUUUAUGCUAUUGAUUUUGGAAAAGUUUGGUGAUUUCAUUUACCAAGAUUACAAGUUACUUAGUAUUUUGUAGAGUUUAAGAGUUGAUAUUUCAUUUUUUUUACACUGCUUC